AUGGAUGUUGAUGGACAGAAUCCCUUCAUCAAUAUCCAAGAUGACCAGCCCAAACCUAUUCAGCGUUCUCGGCGCACGUAUGGGAGCAAGCCAAAGGUCGUGAACGAGCACGAGAAUAGCGAAUCGAUCAGUGAUAACUUAUCUUCCUCAACUUUUCCGGUUUCAUCACAUCAAGGUCUUUCGGAAUCGACAUCGUUACCGUCUCACAGUUUGCGACUAGGAGAAUGGAGGCAGAAGAUGAAAGAAAUAGAUCAAGCUGAAUCUGAAGAGGAUGAGACAUCAGAUCAAAGACGUUCACGGCUUGGUAAAACACAUGAAAGCGAAGUGCAAUCUACAGGCUCAAGCCCGCCGUCAUAUCUCAGUGAGCUGCAGGACGAACCAGGGUCACCCUCACAACAAACUCAUCCGAAACUGAUGAGUGAAAAUGCCGGUCGACAGCACAGCGCCAACACAUCCUUCAACUCUGGGUCUUCGGCUGCCAUCUCGACUCCUUCACCAAUAGGCGAACAAUUGAAGACACGACCCAAACUGAGUCUCUAUGGCUCUCGUCCACUCCCACCUCCUCAUCGAGACAGCAAUUUGACGGACGAAGAAGAGGAUGAGGAAGAACCCUUAUCGCCCCUCAGAGCGAUCCUAGGUCGCUCAGAAGCUUCCUCACGAAGUCCAAAGAUUUCUGGCGCAAGAAGUACUACUCCAAACCGCGCGCUGCCAACAUCGCCUUUCCGGUCUCCCCUAAAAUCCUUUACGGAUGCUACGAGGCGGGAACGCAAAUUUGUACAGAAGGACAGCGACGAGGAAAUGGACGAUCACCGUGACCUCACUAAAGACUUGGAACUCAAGUCUCAGCAAGAGGACGAAUUGGGCUGGGUGACUGAUGGGAGUGUGGGAG